AUUUUCCUCUAUUUAACAACUGCACAACUAUGGUUACUGCGGUUAAAUGAUUUUUGUCGCUUACUAUAGAAUAUAGUGUAGGUGGGGAGAUUUUAUCUGGGUUGGCUAUAUGCACUUGCUGCACGAGAUAUACGUAUAUUACGUUACACCAUAGAAACAGGGACGACUAUCUAAGAGAUUAUGAACAUCUGCAUUUCGCUAAUUUACAUACUGUUGUUUCGCAUUAAAGCGACGGAUUAAUCAGCAUCCGUUCUGACAUAAUAAUAUUAAUACUUUGACAGACGCAUAUUUAAUAGAAACAGCAGUUCUUACAAUAUAUUUUCUUAGAAAAUUAUACAUUAUAACAAUAAAGAAUGUAUCUUAAGAACAGAGGUGCAACGACCGUGUUGAAGAGACUCAUUCACGGAAGGAUGUCGAACAUUACUCUAUACUCUUAUGAUCUCAGCCCGCCAUGUCGCGCUGUUCUGAUGACAGCACACGCGAUAGGUUUGAAGCUGAACAUCCACGAGAUUAACUUGAUGCACAAGGAUCACUUGUCGGAGGAGUAUGCGAAAAUCAACCCUCAACAAAGCAUUCCGGCGAUGGACGAUGAUGGCUUCUUUCUUACAGACAGCCACGCUAUCAAUUGCUACCUGGUAGACAAAUACGCCAAGGAUCAUGCCUUGUAUCCAACGGAUCUACAAAAACGCGCCCUGAUCAAUCAGUUCCUCUACUAUGACACAGGAGUGCUCUUUGCCACCGCGAAAAAUGCAUUUAAACCCAUAUUCAUGCAAGCGGCGAAAGAGAUUCCCGAGGAGAAAAUGAAGCUUCUGAACGAAGCGUACGAACAGUUGAACAAAUUACUGGAGGGUAAGAAAUGGCUUGCAGGGGAUUCUUACACCCUUGCGGAUAUAAACUGCGUAUCCACAGCGUCAUCCGCUACUGUAGUCGUCAACAUGGACAACUAUCCAAACGUGAAGGCUUGGAUGGAGAGAUGCGAGGAGGAACUUCCGGGCUACAAAGAGUGCAAUGCGCCGGGAAAUAACGUAUUGCAAGCGACUCUUCGCGUCUGUCUUGCGAAAAAAUAAAUUACUACUUCGUUUUGUAUUGUUUCCUUAUUGUUUAUAAUUUUAAGAUUGUGGGAUCGACGCGCGAGUCGCGUCUGUCUGUUUAUAAUCAUAAUUUCUCUUGGAAUAUACGCGGAAUUUGUUAUGUAUA